AAAAAAAAAAUCCCCCAAAAAAGAAGGCGGCGGCAACGGUGGAGACCGCCACGGCGGCGGCGGCGGCGCGCUGAGGCGGCCCAGGGUCCCUGGGCCGCAGCGAUGAGGAAGCCUCGGCGGAGGUCCCGGCAGGCCUUGGAGGGCAGACGCUGUCCCUCGCCCUACAGCCUCAAGUGCUCCCCCACUCGGGAGACGCUGACCUACGCCCAGGCCCAGCGCAUCGUGGAGGUGGACAUCGAUGGACGGCUGCACCGCAUCAGCAUCUACGACCCCCUGAAAAUCAUCACCGAGGAUGAGCUGACAGCCCAGGACAUCACAGAGUGCAACAGCAACAAGGAGAACAGCGAGCAGCCCCUCUUCCCUUCCAAAUCUAAGAAAACACCUUCCAAAGGCAAGAAGAAGGAGUCCUGCUCCAAACGUGCACCAGGGAUAUCCUUACACCUACCCCAACCCAAGUUCCGCCUGGUGGACUCCUUCAGCCAGCCAGAAGCUGCUCCGCUCCCUGCCGCCUACUACCGGUACAUCGAGAAGCCUCCUGAGGACCUCGACGUUGAGGUGGAGUAUGACAUGGAUGAAGAGGACCUGGCAUGGCUGGAAAUGGUCAACGAGAAGAGAAGGGACGAUGGUUACGGGACGGUUUCUGCAGACACCUUUGAGCUGCUGGUGGAUCGGUUGGAGAAGGAGUCAUACCUGGAGAGCCGCAACAGCGGCGCUCAGCAGUCCCUGAUCGACGAGGACGCCUUCUGCUGCGUCUGCAUGGAUGAUGAGUGCCACAACAGCAACGUCAUCCUCUUCUGUGACAUCUGCAACCUGGCUGUGCACCAGGAGUGCUACGGCGUGCCCUACAUCCCUGAGGGGCAGUGGCUUUGCCGCUGCUGCUUGCAGUCCCCUUCUCGCCCUGUGGAUUGUGUCCUUUGCCCAAACAAAGGUGGAGCCUUCAAGCAGACCAGCGACGGCCGCUGGGCUCACGUGGUUUGUGCCAUCUGGAUCCCGGAGGUCUGCUUCGCAAACACUGUGUUCCUGGAGCCCAUUGAAGGGAUAAAUAACAUCCCCCCAGCUCGGUGGAAGCUCACGUGCUACAUCUGCAAGCAGAAGGGCAUGGGAGCUGCUAUCCAGUGCCACAAGGUGAACUGUUACACUGCCUUCCAUGUCACCUGUGCCCAGAGGGCUGGGCUCUUCAUGAAGAUUGAACCCAUGAGGGAGACCAGCAUCAACGGCACCACGUUCACCGUGCGCAAGACUGCCUACUGUGGCAGUCAUUCCCCACCCGGCACGGUGAGGAAAGGCUCUUCAGCUGCUGGUGCUGAGGGGCAGGUGGCCACUGUGAAAGAGGAGAGAGAAGAGGAAGCAAUUUCUUGCCCUCCCAAAGGAUCUCUGAAAAAGAACCAGGUGAAGUUGAAGCAGAAGAUCAAAAAGGAGCCCGGUGAUGUGACCAGUGGGCGUUCCUCUGUGCCCAUGGUGACAGUCACACAAAUCCCCUCUUACAGGCUGAACAAAAUCUGCAGUGGCCUCUCCCUGCAGAGGAAGAACCAGUUCAUGCAGAGGCUCCACAACUACUGGCUGCUGAAGCGGCAGGCACGGAACGGGGUGCCCCUGAUCCGGCGCCUGCACUCCCACCUCCAGUCCCAGAGGAAUGCUGAGCAGAAGGAACAGGAUGAGAAGACCAGUGCAGUGAAGGAGGAGCUGAAGUACUGGCAGAAGCUGCGGCACGACCUGGAGCGGGCACGGCUGCUGGUCGAGCUGAUCCGCAAGAGGGAGAAGCUCAAACGGGAGCAGGUCAAGGUUCAGCAGGCUGCUAUGGAGCUACAGCUGACCCCUUUCAAUGUCCUUCUGCGCACCACGCUGGACCUGCUGCAGGAGAAGGAUGCUGCCCAGAUCUUUGCAGAGCCUGUGAACCUGAACGAGGUUCCAGAUUACCUGGAAUUCAUUUCCAACCCAAUGGAUUUUUCCACCAUGAGGCGGAAGCUGGAGUCCCACCUGUACCGAACGUUGGAUGAGUUUGAGGAAGACUUUAACCUUAUAGUUGCCAACUGCAUGAGGUAUAAUGCUAAAGAAACGAUUUUCCACCGAGCAGCUGUCCGCCUCAGGGACCUGGGGGGAGCCGUCCUGCGCCAUGCACGGCGGCAGGCUGAAAGCAUCGGCUUUGACCCUGCCGUGGGGCUUCACCUGCCUGAGUCACCCAAAACCAAGGACUUUUACCGCUUUUCUUGGGAGGAUGUGGAUAACAUCCUCCUCCCGGAGAACCGUGCUCACCUUUCCUUGGAAGCCCAGCUGAAGGAGCUGCUGGAGAAGCUGGACUUGGUGAGCAGCAUGAGGUCCAGCGGCGCCCGGACGCGGCGCAUCCGGCUACUGAGGCGCGAGAUCAACUCUGUCCGGCAGAGGCUGGCCCAGCAGCAGAGCAAGACCCUGCCCAAUGGGGAGCCUGUGCCAUGGGAGGAGGGGCUGGAGAAGACAUCGAGGGAAGGGGAUGAGGAAGGGGAGAAAGCAGAUGACACCAAGCCCCCACAUCCUCCAACCCUGGAGCCCACAGGACCUGCACCUUCCCUCUCAGAGCUGGACUCUCUGCAGGACCCUCCAAAGCUCAAACCCAUCAGUGAAAGCAAGUCCCUGAAUCAGCUGCAGAAGAGGAUGGUGUCAGACAGGGAGCUCUUUGAGAAGCAGGCUCUGGAGCGGGAGAGCGAAGCCUUCCAGCGCCUGCUCAGCGACAGGGGCCUCAACGGCCUGGCCCUGCCCGCCCCCGACAGCCCCGACAGCCCCUGCCUGGGCGGCGUGGGCCGCAGGACAUCUGUGCUCUUCAAAAAGGCUAAGAAUGGGGUGAAGCUGCAGAGGGGCCUGGACUGCUCCCUGGAGAACGGGGAGGACCAUGGGCAGAGCGGGCAGCGCACCUCUGCCCGCUCUGCUGCCGAGCGCCCGGCGCGGAAGAGGACACACAGCAGGGCCUGCGGUGACGGCGAUGGAGAGAAGUCCCCCAGGCAGGCAGGGCAGAGAGGGGUCACCAAUGGCUUUGUGAAGCACACUGAGAGUGGCUCUGACUCUGAGUGCAGCUCUGGCCUGGCAGGUGGACUGGUGUUUGAAGCCUGCAGUGGUUUGAUGCCUCCCAAGCGCAGCCGCGGGAAGCCUGCUCUGUCCCGGGUGCCCCUCUUGGAAGGGGUGAACGGAGACUCCGAUCACAGCAGCUCAGGCAGGGCUCUCCUGAUGGCCUUUGAGAGUCAAGCUGAGCUGGAGCCCUUGGAGCUGGUGUGGGCUAAGUGCCGUGGUUAUCCCUCCUACCCUGCCUUGAUAAUUGAUCCCAAGAUGCCACGUGAGGGUUUGCUCCACAAUGGAGUCCCCAUCCCAGUCCCACCUAUGGAUGUGUUGAAGCUGGGGGAGCAGAGGCAGACAGAGGCAGAAGAAAAGCUCUUCCUUGUCCUUUUCUUUGACAACAAGAGAACCUGGCAGUGGCUUCCACGGGACAAGGUCUACCCCCUGGGUGUGGACGACACUGUGGACAAGCUGAAGAUGAUGGAAGGUCGCAAGAGCAGCAUCCGCAAGUCGGUGCAGGUGGCCUACGACCGUGCCAUGAGCCACAUGAGCCGCGUGCGGGGGGACCACCCCUUCCUCCCCUCCACCUACCUGUAAGGCCUGGGGGUGCCUGGUCCCCGCCUCGUCCUCCAGCCCCCUCCGUGGUGGCAGAGAGGAGCAUCCCGAGCACUGCCCCCGUGGCUGGGGGAUGCUGUUGCCAGCAGUUCUCGGCACUCCUCCGAGUACCCUGCGCUGUGCCAAACCAGCCUGCCUGGCUGCUUCCUGAAUGUGUCUCGCUGAGGAGCUGGCAGGAGAUGAAAUGUAGAGUCCAGAGGGCCAGGAGUGAGUGAGGUGGGAGAAGCUGCUGCUGGGUGGUGAUGGGGGGAGCCAAGGGGAGCUGCUGAAGCGAGCAGCACGUGGCUAGCCAAACCUCACACAGGUCCCUGCCUCCCCUCUCCCCAGUGCUUGUUGGAGUUUUGAACUCAUCAACCAGCCCUGAGUUAUUCACCCACUGGAACCCAACCAGGCAAGAUCCCAACUGGACUUUCUGUUGUGCCAAAUUUAACCCAAACCAUCAUUGGCCUUUGUUCUUUGCAUUUUCAUUGGCAUUUUUUUCUGACAUUGAUUGUCCCAUCUCAUUGCAGAGGGAAAAAAACAGUAGCUGGGAGCUCCUGUUGGGAUCUUCCCACCUACAUCUGUGGUGUUCUCCUGUCGUGGUCUUUUCCUGCAGCUGUGCAUGGGUCUGACCUUUGGUCACCUUCCCCUCUGCUGCACCCCCAUGCACAGCUGCACACAGCUUUAAACAGGAUUUUUCCCUU